GUAGCAUAAGAGCGGGCGCCUCUCUCAUCUGGCUCCUUGUAUCGCCCUUGUUGCUUACACACACCAUCCCCGCCGCCUCGGCAGUGAUGGAGGCUCGCGUCUGGUCGUGGCUCGCGGCCCUCCUGCUCCUCCUGCUCCACCUGCAGGGCGCCCCGCGUCCCUGCGGCGCCGUGCGCUACCACGGCGGGGCUCUGCGCUGGGAGGUGGCGCCGAGUGCCGACCCCGAGGCCGUCACGGUGAACUUCGUCUCGUCGGUGUCUCUGAACGGCUCUCGAUGCGACUUGACCCAGACGUGGACCUGCUCCAACGGAUGCCCCAAAAGACACUUCGCGGUGGCGUUCUCGUGCGGCAGCGGUACCCCCUCCUACGCCGCCUCCUCCUGGGGCACGCUCGCCAUUCUGGAAGCCGCGUUCUCCCUGCAGAUCCAGAGGGACUCUGUGACCGACGUGAUGCAGAGGUCUUGCUGUUGGAACAGCGAAGACUUCGUUGAGUCUGGCUUUGUGACGGUGCAGAGAAAUGCCGAUUUUGUCUUGUCUACCUUUGUGGACCUAAGGACCCGAAACGACACGGGCCAGCCUAACAGCUCGCCGAGGGCCAGCAUCGCGCACCUCGUCAGAGUGAGUAACCAGUGCCAGACGAACGUCAAGAUCCAAGUUUCGGACCCCGACGGAGACAGUGUGAGGUGCCGCUAUGCCAGAGGGCCCGAGUGCUAUGGUGGCAUCUGUGGCACGUUCCCCAAUGCCCGCCUCUGGGAGGACCGCUGCGAGUUUGAGUUUUUUGGACAGGUGACCGACCAACUCCCAAAGCAGUUUGGUGUCAUGGUGGUCGUAGAGGACUUCCCGACUUCGGUCAUCGAGACAAAGGGCACCUGCAGGACGCCGGUGGACUGCUUGUCGUCGGUGACGCUGCAGUUCUCUGUCUUGGUUGCAGCAUCCGACGCCUGUAUCAGCCUCGUGUUUGUCGACCCCACGCCGAGCCAGGGUGCCGUGGUGAAUGCCCACGUCGGAGUUCGCCUUCAAAUUCCCAUUGCCGUGACGGCCAGAGCUUCAAGCGACCUCGAAACGGUGAUCUCGUUAGAGGUCGUGGUGCUGUCUGGCAAGGGUGUCCCUGUCGGUAUUAUGGAGAGGGCGCCAGAGAACGCGCAUGUCCACCGGACCUUGCUGCUCUGGACUCCGUCUGCCACCGACGCGGGGGCUCGCUGGUGGACGUGCUUCUAUGUGCUGACCUUGAAGGGAUGGCAGGGUGAGCUGCGCUGCAUCACCAUUGUUGUGCCAAGUGGCCCUGUAGGCGUCCCCGAUCCUCUGCAGAGGCUGCGAGCCGCCAUAAAAGUUACCCCGGUGCCAACGACGCUUAUGGCCCUACGAUUCAGCGUUAACAUUCAGAAGAGUGGGGCAAUGGACUUCACCAUUUUCUUCAAUCAGCAGUUUGUCCCGGCCCUGCCCACGGCGUACAUUCGCUUCCACCUGGUCGAGGAUGGUGCUCUGGUUUAUAAGAUAAACGCUGCCGACCAGAGGCUGGUGAAAAAGCACCCCGGUAACAUACUGACGUUUGGCAUUCCCGCGGGUGCCCUGAGCGCGCGCUGCUGCCUGCAGCUGGACCCGGGCGUGGUACAGGACGUGUUCACCACUCCUGGCCGACGGCUCGACUCGGCUGCGCACGAUGCCUGCGACUGGAUCCUGCCGGUCCCCACCGCGGUGGGAGAUGGUGGGAGGGGAUUCCUAGAUGACUUCAAUGUGAGCUGCGUGAACGAGCACAUGAUCGUCAAGAUCCCUCAAGGAGCCAUUUUUGGAUACAACGCAUCCUCUCUCAAGCUCAACACGCAGGCCACAGGCUGUGACCUGAGAGACGAGCAGCAGUUUGUCACCUUUAACAUCUCUUUCGGUGACUGUGGCACAGUUUUUGAGGAGACGGCCACUGACUUGGUGUUCACACAGAUGGUGUCUCUGGCCAGCAGCACGAGCUACAUCGUGACCUACGACUACCAGUACGUCCUCGUCAACUGCACCUGCAAGGUUCCACGGACGAAGCUGCUGAGUCAGGGGCCUCUCGAGCCGACAGCACUAUCCCUGGUGUUCAACCAAACCGUGUUCUCACUCCUGGAUUUGCGCAUGGAUUUUUUCACGGAUUCUGGGUUUGAGACUCCCUUCUUGCCAAGCCAGUACCCGCUGCUUGUGAGCCUCGGAGCUGCGAUGUACCUGCAGGUGUCUGUGAAGAGUACCCUGAACGUCACCAUCUUCACGGUGGACUGCUACGCCACCCCUGACAGCAGCCCCCAGCACCCCGACAAAUACUACCUCAUCCAGGAGGGGUGUCUCUUAGCAAACAUGACGAACCUCACCUCUGUGGACACGAAGCGCCGCUUCCACUUCAGGAUGUUCACCUUCACCGCGACCGCUCGUCCCAACGUGUACAUCCACUGUGCCGUCGUGGCCUGCAAGAGCUCUGCAAUCGGCUCCAGGUGCUACCAGGGAUGUCUGCUUCCAAGAACCAAGCGCAGCCCCCUGGCUGUAGUGGAAACACCAAUCUACAUCGUCAGCCGUGGCCCUUUCCACUUCGACGCUGAGACCUCCGGCCGGGCCACCGUGAACAGCCGGGUGCUAUGGGGCACCGCUCUGGCCGUCCUCGUCGUCCUGGUCCUGGGCCUCGUACUCAAGUUCACCGUCUGCUUCCAGUGCCUCCGUAACCCCUCCAAAGCUAGAACCUAGACAAUUUAUUAAAUAAAGUUUUUUGACUGCUA